CCCACCCCAGUCUCCAGCUGCUGAGGACUUCUCUCACCUGCCUCCAGAACAGAGGAAGAAGAGACUUCAAUCCAAGAUUGAUGACAUCACCAAGGAACUUCAGAAGGAGCUGGACCAGAGUGAGGCAUUAGAGAAGAUGAGAGGUGUUUAUGAACGGAACCCUCAGAUGGGAGACCCAGCCAGUCUAGAACCUCAGAUCACCCAGACCUCGCAGAACGUUGGACGACUCGGAGGACAACUCACCAAAUACGAGUCGUGGCUGGCUGAGGCUUUCAGAGGAGAUGAUUCUACCAACACUGCUGUCAACAACAAUCAAUACUGUUCCAUGUCAGCUGAUCCGUCUCAGAACAUCUACUCAGAGUUUGAUGAAGACUUUGAUGAAGAUGUGGAGACUCCUAUAGGAAAGGCUACUGCCCUCUACACCUUCCAAGGUUCCAGUCAGGGGACAGUGUCUAUAACAGAAGGCGAGCAGCUCAGUGUGAUGGAGAGUGAUAAAGGAGAUGGAUGGAUGAGGGUUCUACGAGCCAACGGAGACGAAGGAUACAUCCCCUCAUCCUACGUCAAGUUCUAGACAAUAACACACACAUGGAUACACCGAUUUAACGCACACACACCUUUCAGCCAAGGACUUUCAUUCUGUGUGUUACCACCCCUCCAUCUCUCUCUCACUCUACCUCUCUCUCUACCUCACUCUCUCUCUCUCUACCUCUCUCUCUCUCUCUCUCUCUCUACCUCCAUCUCUCUCUCACUCUACCUCUCUCUCUCUCACUCUA